AUGUUCAGCAUCAUAAUCAAAAAAAUGGCAUCAAACAACCGAAACUUUUUCGUCUUGUUUGCUUGUGUGAUGAGUUUAGUCUUCCUACAACUCGUUUCGGCCAAGUUAACCAUCCAACCAGAAAGCAAUUCUUGGUGGAUUCAACUUCACUCUACCGAACCAGCCAAAUACAUUAAAGUUUCGUAUAAAACUUCUUCAGGCCAAAGAGUUUCGGUUACUGCAAAACGUCCAAGUUGGGAUUCAGCACAUAACUAUUUCACAUGCAGCGCACCAGCAGAAAUUCCAAACAAUGCACUCACCACCUUUACUCUUAUCAAAAUGAAUGGAAAGCGUCAAACCAUGUCCAUGAAAUUCUAUAAUCGAAACUCUGUUUCUUCUUCUGGAGCUAGCUCUCACUCUGGUGGACACAGCCAUGGAUCCAACCCUUCUAGCAGCGGCAGUGGUCAUAAAAUUGCCUAUGCCACAUGGUAUGACCAAACAGCUGCUGGAACUCCAGUUUGUGGAUUCAAAACUAAAUAUUGUGGAGCUCCCUCAGAUCAAUUCGAAGGUCUUGGCGAAAGAGUUGGACCAUGUUCUGGUGGAUCUGCCAGUUCCACAUGUCAAAAUUGUCAACGUGGCUACUGUUAUGGUCCUAAAUGUGUAGCUCCACAUUGUAAACAUGGUGGUUGUAAUAAGAAACUCAAAAUUUGGUGUGUGGACACAGCUCAAGGAGCUUGCAAAACCACCAAACCAAUCAUCAUGACCAUUAAUAAUAUUUGUCCGAAAAGACAUCCUUGCAAUACAUGUAAGGGAGGUGAAAAUCCGUGUGCCAGAAAGGAUCACUUGGAUUUGUGUGAGAGUACCUUCUUUGCCAUUGCAAAUCAUCAACCAAGAGCUAAGGGAUUGAAAAUUGCCUUUGAAUUGGUUCAUUAA